AUGACAGCGAUGCAAAACUGUGACAUUUCUGGUGGUACUGUUGUGGGUCGAGUCUCACCACGUCCUGCUUCAGGAAGCGGAACUCCUCCAUUCUCCCUUGACGUUACCGCCUUAAUUAGCUCUGGAGCAAAUUUCUUUGUCUCAGUGCAUACAAGCGAUACUGACAACAACCCAAUCCCCAGCAAUUGCGAUCAAGGAGCAAGACUGGUCAUAUAUGAAGGCGGCUAUCAAUGCGGAAAUAUCAACUCUCCUUGCAGUGGUGUGGGAGCUUGUGUUUUCAAUCACGUUUCUUCAAACUUUGAAUGCCAGUGUGCUGAUGGAUACAGAAAGGGAACACUAUGUACCAUUAACGACAUCGAUGAGUGUUUCCAGAACAAUGCAUGUGGAGAUCCCGCAUUUGAAGGUGUCUGUGUCGAUGAAGUCUGUGGUUUCACUUGUAGUUGCUUUGGUGGUCGUACAAGCUCAGCUGGAAAUGGCAGGUCAUGUGAUGUUGGUCCUCCAAACUGUAAUAUUAACCCUUGUUUCAAUGGUGGCACCUGUAAUUUCCUCAGCGGCCUUGGACGAGUAUUUUGUGAAUGUCUAGAUGACACAGUUCGACAAGAGCGUUUUUGUGCAGAUCAAAACCAAUGUUUGUCCAAUCCGUGUCACAAUGGUGGUACCUGUGUGGAUGGCCAUCUCGGCUACACAUGCUUGUGUGCUGCUGGUUUCACUGGUGAUGUCUGUUCAGUCAAUAUUAAUGACUGUACUCUGUCUACGUGUCUAAACAAUGGCCAGUGUAAUGAUGGUACGAGAGAUGCUACAUGCACAUCGUGUUCAAGCAGCUGGACAGGCAAAUUUUGCCAGAUCAAUGAAAACGAUUGCCUAACUUCAACCUGCCUCAAUAGCGGAGUAUGCGUCGAUGGUGAUGCUAGUCACUCAUGCAACUGUCUUGCUGGUUUUACUGGAGUCGUAUGUCAGACUAACAUAAACGAUUGUGCUUCCAAUCCUUGUCAAAAUCAAGGUGUUUGUAUUGAUCAAGCAAAUAGAUAUGCUUGUGCAUGUGUAGCGGGUUACACUGGAGUUAACUGUCAAACAAAUAUCAAUGAAUGUUUAUCUCACCCAUGUCAAAGUGGUGCAACUUGUAUUGAUCGUCUCGACGGGUUCAUUUGUGAGUGUCUAGGCGGCUUCUUUGGUACCCUUUGUGAAUUCAAUGUCAACGAAUGCUCUUCCCAUCCGUGUCAGAAUGGCGGACGAUGUGUAGAAGGAGUGGAUUUUUACACAUGUGACUGUAUACCUGGGUUCAUUGGUCUACGGUGUGAAAUAGAUGCCAAUGAAUGUGCAUCCAAUCCAUGCGAGAAUGGUGGACAAUGUCUAAAUCUCCUCAACAGGUAUCAAUGUAACUGUCCUGCAGGAUAUGAUGGCAUAAACUGUCAGAUCAACAUCAAUGAAUGUGCAUCAAACCCGUGUGUUCAAGGCACUUGUACAGACCUUGUAAAUGGUUUCCUAUGCACUUGUUUUGCAGGAUAUACUGGAACCUUGUGUGAUAUUGAUAUCAAUGAAUGUACAUCUAACCCAUGUCGGAAUGGUGCAACCUGUAUUAAUCGUGUCAACCGGUUCAUUUGUGAGUGUCUAGAUGGCUUCUCUGGUGAUCUUUGUCAAACCAAUGUCUUUGAAUGCAUAUCCAAUCCGUGUCAGAAUGGUGGACAAUGUAUAGAUGGAGUGAAUCGAUACACAUGUGACUGUAUACCUGGCUUCAUUGGGAUACACUGUGAGACAAAUGUUGAUGAAUGCAGAUCCAAUCCAUGCGAGAAUAGUGGGUUAUGUAUUAAUCUUAUUAACCGAUAUCAGUGUGCUUGCGCUGCAGGAUUCACUGGCAUCAACUGUCAAACAAACAUUAAUGAAUGUGAAUCUAAUCCUUGCCAGAAUCAAGGGGUAUGCGUGGACAACAUCAAUAGUUUUACCUGCGUAUGUGUACCAGGAUUUACGGGAGUCUGGUGUCAAACCAAUAUCGUCGAGUGUGCCUCUAGUCCAUGCCAAAAUGGAGGCAGCUGUGUAGAUCGAGUUAACAGGUUCAUCUGUGAAUGUGUGGAGGGCUUUACUGGAACUCUAUGUGAAACUGAUAUUGAUGACUGUGCAUCUAGUCCGUGUCAGAACGGUGGACAAUGUAUAGAUGGAAUAACCCGAUACACGUGUCAGUGUAUACCUGGCUUCAUUGGGAUACACUGUGAAACAAAUUUCAUUGAGUGUGCAUCCAACCCGUGUCAGAAUGGUGGGAUAUGUUUGGAUGGGAUCAACAGGUAUGAUUGUGAUUGUGCUGCAGGAUAUACUGGCAUUAACUGUCAAACAGACAUUGACGAAUGUGCAUUCAAUCCUUGCCUGAAUCAAGGGGUGUGUACGGACCACAUCAAUAGUUUUACCUGCACAUGUGUACCAGGAUUUACGGGAAUCUUGUGUCGGUCCAAUAUAGACGAUUGUGAAUCUAGUCCAUGCCAAAAUGGAGGCAGCUGUGUAGAUCGAAUUAACAGGUUCAUCUGUGAAUGUGUGUUGGGUUUCUCUGGAAUUCGUUGUGAAAUUAAUGAUGAUGACUGUCGUUCCAAUCCAUGUCAAAAUGGUGUGUGCAUCGAUCGAGAGAACCGAUUUGAAUGUGUUUGUGUCCCCGGAUAUACUGGAGUAGUUUGCGAGACAGAUAUCAACGAGUGUGCAUCCACUCCUUGCAGGAAUGGUGCAACUUGUGUAGAUCGAGUCAACCGCUUCAUUUGUGAAUGUCUAGACGGGUUCACUGGCACUCUAUGUCAGACAGACAUCGAUGAGUGUGCUUCCAACCCUUGUCAGAAUGGUGGAGUAUGCAAUGGCGAAAUAAAUAGAUACACAUGCCAGUGUAUUGCUGGGUUUACUGGCACACAUUGUGAAACAGACAUUGACGAAUGUCUUUCCUUCCCUUGUCAGAAUGGUGGCCUUUGCCGUGACCAUAUCAACCGCUUUACGUGUCAAUGUGUGCCUGGGUUCACAGGAACAUUAUGUGAAACUGAUAUUGACGAAUGCGAAUCAUCUCCAUGCCAGAAUUUAGGUGUGUGCGUCGACAUGAUAGAUGAGUAUAGGUGUGACUGUUUACCUGGCUAUACCGGAGUUCAUUGUCAGACUGAUAUCGAUGAGUGUGCCUCAUCACCAUGUCAGAAUGGUGGAACGUGUAUAGACAGGGUUAAUCAUUUCAUUUGUGAAUGCCUGACAGGCUUUACUGGUGUACACUGUCAGACAAACAUCGACGACUGUGCUUCCAACCCAUGUCAAAAUAAUGCUAUAUGUCUAGAUGGAAUCAAUCGUUAUGACUGUCGAUGUGUACCAGGUUUCACUGGGCUUCACUGUGAGCGAAAUGUGCCAGAAUGUGCUUCUAAUCCGUGUCAGAAUGGUGGUACAUGUGAGGAACCAACCAUUAACCAUCAUAUAUGUCACUGCCCACCGGGUUUUACAGGAGAGCUGUGUGAGACUAACAUUAACGAAUGCGCAUCCAAUCCCUGCAUGAAUGGUGGCACAUGUAUUGAUCGUGACAACGGUUAUCUGUGCGAGUGUCUUUUUCGGUUCCGUGGUACUCAUUGUGAGAUUAUCACUGACGCAUGCGGUCUCUUCACACCAUGUAUGAACGACGGCACGUGCACCAAUAUACCGACGGCUAUUGGUGAUAUGGGCAGCGUCGACUUCAACGAUCCUCCCAGAAAUGGAGUCGAUAUUCAUGAUGCAUACAGUUGUACCUGUACAGAUCGAUAUACUGGAAGAGUGUGUGAGACAUUUAUUCCUGUUCCUCCACCACCUCCACUGGUUCCUCCUGCUCCUGGACGCGUGCUUGCUCCACCUCCACCACUUGCGCCUCCUCCACCGGGCAGAAUUCUUGGACCACCACCACCAUUGCCUCCUCCAGCUCCAGCUGCAAUACUCGGACCGCCACCUCCACUCGUUCCUCCUCCACCUAUCGACAGAUUUGAUUGUAGCAGACAACCGUGUGAGAAUGGAGGAGCUUGUGUUGAUGUCGGAAGUGUGGAGAAUUCAUACUGCUCGUGUCCAUUCGGAUUUGGCGGACAACGCUGCGAAAAUGAUGUCGACAUCACUGUAGUAGGGUUUGGAAACACAGUCGAUUCAUAUGUUCAAGUGUCUGGAACCUUGACCAGAACAGCAGAUGAUUCUGUUAUUAUCUCAGUGAAACCUCUAAGCAGUAAUGGGCUUGUUUUCUUGAUGAUUCAAAAUCUAAAUGGUGUCGGUGACUUUAUUUCUCUAACCUUGGUUAAUGAUAAGCCAGUGUACAAGUUUGAUGUUGGAAGCGGUAGCGUGACUAUAGCCAGUCCACAGACUAUUCCACUUGGUGUCUUUACAAAUAUCGAACUAAGACGCAAUGGUGUCGUAGGUGAACUAUUGAUUGAUGGGGUGGUAGUUGCAUCUGGGACAGCACCCGGAAGCCACGAUAUUGCUGAUGUCAUGGAUGAUUUCUAUUUGGGAGGUGUUCCUAAUCCAUCCGGUAUCAUCAAUGCAGAAAUCAGUCCACGUACUGGCUUUGUUGGCUGUAUUCGCUCUGUCAGUCUGGAUGGCACUGAAUUUGACAUCAGUCAACGCGCUACUGCCGGUAGCAACGUUGGUGAAUGUCCUGCCGAUUCUUGUUCUCCCAAUCCUUGUAAGAACGGCGGUAGCUGUACUAGAAUUGGACCACACUUGUCUGACUUCGAGUGCACUUGCCUUAAUGGAUAUAGCGGCCCAACGUGUGAGAUCGUGUCUAAUGUGUGCCUGGGGACUUCACCAUGUAUGCACGGAGGAGAAUGUCGUGUGGACAGCAGCGCCACCGCAGGGUAUCGUUGCAUCUGCACUGCCACCCACUCUGGUCCACAAUGUGAAACAGCGGUCGGAGAUACAAAAUCCGAUUACUCUUAUGCUGGAGAUUCGUAUGUUGCUUGGAAUGUGGACCCUGCCGAUGUCGACGUUACAACGGUCAUCAAUCUCCGAGUGUACCCCAACCAAGACAAAUCUGACGGAUUAUUAGCACUGUUCAUACGCCCUUCUGUUGACUUUUUAGCUAUCACUGUCGAUGACGGAUUUGUAAGAGUUCGUAUGGAUCUUGGACAAGGAGAGAUUUCUCUCACCAGCAGUUCACGUUUACCAGCUAAUCUGUAUUCCACGAUUACAGUAAAUCGAAACGGUCGAAAUAUUGACCUGACCGUGUCUGGUGCCAGCACGGUAUCGGGUGCAUCACCGGGAUCGUUUUCAAGCCUCAAUGUCAACAAUCGUUUCUAUGUUGGUGGUGUGCCAUCGUCGGUAGGUCCGACUUUGCCAUCUAUACUUGCCGGAAUCUCAGGGUUUAUGGGUUGCAUCACUGAAGUAACUGUUAAUGGAAACUUCCUCAACUCAACCGAUUUGUUAUCAAGUUAUAAUGCAAAAGAUUGCACUGUCAAUCUGUGUAAUCCUAGUCCAUGUGAAAACGGCGGCACGUGUUCAGCAACUGGUAACUCGGUGUUUUGCGCUUGCCCACAAGGAUAUUCUGGGCCACGCUGUGCAAGUGAUGAUGAUCCAUGCUUAACAGUCAACUGUGGAUCCGGUGCUACAUGUGUGCCACUGGGCAAUACGGCAGUCUGCGCAUGUCCUCUUGGCAAAGGAGGUGAACAAUGCGACCAAGAUAUUGCGAUCCAAACGAUGUCAUUCAGAGAUAAUCUCACAUCUUUUGCUGCCUUUCCUUCACUUGGAAGUGACACUCGUUCGACAACAACGAUAACAAUGUCCAUCAAGCCUUUAGAAAAGGAUGGCCUUAUCUUCUAUGCGGGUCGCAAGACGACACCUCCUUUCACUGAUUACAUCUCAGUCGGUCUAUAUGAUGGUUACGUUGAGUUCCGUUAUGAUUUGGGAUCGGGAACAGUCGAGAUUAAGAGUACCGAACGACUCGUUUUGUAUCAAUGGCAUACCAUUCGUGCGGAAAGAAAUCUGAAGAACGGACUGUCGACGAUUGAUGGUGGAUCAGCAGUAAGUGGUGCAAGCCCUGGUUCGACGACACUGCUUGAUGUACACGAGAACAACCUUGACGCUUACCUUGGUGGUCACGAAGACUAUACUAAAGUUGCUAGUGAUGCCGGUCUCACAAGUGGCUUCACUGGAUGCAUCAAAGAUGCCAACGUUAACGGCCGCGUCUUGGACUUUUCUACGGCAACUCGCGGUCGAAGCAUUGCCGAAUGCGACCAGCACCAAUGUGAUCGCCUCACUUGCUUCAAUGGAGGAACUUGUACUGAUGUCGACGGUCAGGGUAACUUCAAGUGCUCUUGCUCUCAUGGCUUCAAAGGAGACAACUGCCAGCAAAUGAUUGCCAACAAUUGCACUAUUGGUAAUGAUAUGUGUCACUCAAGCAGCCAGUGUGUGUUCAACUAUAAAACUGAGAAGUAUGAGUGCUUCUGUCCUCUUGUUCCCAAUCCACAAAGAGGACAAUUUUGUACUGAAGUCACUAACUUCAAAGUCGCCAAGUUUAAUGGCAACAGCUAUGCAGCCUAUAAUUAUCCUGCUCGUACAGCUCAGACCAUCAUCAAAUUCAAUCUCUCCUCUCAAGCUACUAAUGGACUUGUUUUCUAUCUCCCACCCGGUACAGGUGGUGAUUACCUAUCCAUCGGCAUUAUUAAUGGACAUGUCGAACUGAGGUACGAUCUCGGCACUGGUGCUGCAAAAAUAACUAACAACCAAGUGAACGUCACUGGUAGUCACGGAUCAUGGCAUACAGUAUCUGCUUUCAGGGAACAACAGUCGGGUACUCUAAUUGUUGAUACACAGACUGCCACCGGCUCUUCUCUGGGCUCCGCAAUUGGUCUGACUGCUUCAUCGGGUCAGAUGUACGUUGGUGGUAUUGCUGUGAGUACAGCUGACUUGUCUGAGUAUCGAGACAUCUUGGACGGAGACUUCAAGAUGGGUCUCGUUGGCUGUAUCGCUAAUCUGGAGGUCAACGAUGUGUCUAUUGACCUGGAAAAAAUGGCACAGAGUGGUGCUAAUGUCGAGAGCUGUGAUGACUACUUCCCUGGCUGAUGAGUGAAAGUAGUGCAAUUAACGAUUGACUUUGUUCUCAUUUUUAGUUGUAGUCUGCUGCAUGCGUGUGUUGGCUUUGUGCUGCUGUCUGUUUUGAGUUGAAAUUUCUGCAUGCCGUUUAGCUUUAUGAUUCGGCUCUAACGCCGCUGAUUGCUCGUUUAGCGUCGCUUCUAAUCAUUGAGUAGUAGUAUAGCUGCCGAGUACAAUUGUUAGAGGGAAAUAAAAUGAAAACUUGCUCGUUGUGAUCGUUGACUGUAGCAGAA